AUUGGUAAUAAAUAUUGUGUAAAAAACUGCUGCGCCCUCUUUAAAACUUGCUGUCAUUUACAGUAUUCGUAAUGUACUGGUACACAACAGUUAAGAUCGACAAAGACGAAAUAUACUGACAGGAUUUUAGAAGACAGGAGCUGCAUAUUGACGACACUCUAGUGUUCAAAAUAAAUUUCAAAUAUUGACAAAAGAAGAAGUACACAGACCACUUAUGGGAUAUCUUUGCAAUGCAGUUGCUCUCUUGCUUUACUUUGGGUUUGUAGCUGGCAGAAAAUGCGAGUUUGAAAACAGAUGCCAGUGUUUCUUCAAUACUUGGAAACAAGUUUAUAAAGCAGAUUGUUCAAAUGCACAUCUAACACACAUUCCAGAUUUUCCCAAAAGUAUCAAAGUGGUUAUAUUGGAUAACAAUUUGAUAUCAACUAUACCAGAUUAUCAUUUUAGAAACAACAAUAAACUAUGUAAUAUUAGUUUAAUGAAUAAUAAACUGAAAGGUUUGAGAAAAGACGCAUUUUAUGGAGCCUAUAACCUUAUAGAAUUGACUCUUUACAACAACGAAAUAAUAGAUGUAGACGAAAAUUUUUUUAAGUCCAUACCUGCUCUGAAAUAUUUAAACAUUAAGAAGAAUAAUUAUUUUGAUUGGCUGAAACUUAAUAUAACUUUUCCAUAUUCCUUGCAAACAUUGCGAAUGGACUUUAAAAUACUAGAACAAGACCAUAUGUUUAACAGUUUUAAAGGACUUAUUAAUCUGAAAACAUUGGACAUUUCUGGAUUGUCUGGUGAAUGCGAAUGUAAAACAAUGACUCCGGAAACCUUUCAAACUAUUCCAAAUCUAAUACAUCUUGAUAUGUCCGCUUGUAAAAUAUCUUAUAUCUAUAGAGGAACAUUAAAAUUUAUGUCAAACCUGACAUUUUUAGACGCCUCUUCUAACUUUUGCCUUAAAUUUGCAGGGGCAGAGAAUAUUACCUAUGAUCUUCAAACAACUUCUAUCAAGAUUCUGAAAUUAAACAAAAUACAUCGAACUUUUGAGCCCGAUACAAUUGUUUUAAAAUCACAUAUUCGUCAUUUAAGGCACACAAAUCUUACUGAGUUGCACAUGGAUAGCAACAGAAUUCAGCUUUUCGAGAAGGGUGCCUUAUCAUCUCUUCCAAUCACGUUAAGAAGUGUAUAUUUAUCGGACAAUAUGUUUCAUUUUGGAAGUUAUUUUUCUGAAUUUUACGUAGUACCAAUAACUUUCAUAAAUAUCUCACUUCAGUUCAACAGUCAUGAUCUUCAGGAUUUUUAUGGGGAAAUAUGUGUAAAAAAGGACCAAACAGAUCCUUUACCAGUUUUAUCGAACACACCUAAUCAACAUGAAGUACAACGUUAUGGACAAUUGAAACCCAAUACACUGCCGUUUAAUAUUUCUUCCAAAUUACAGAAACUUAUUUUCAGAAACAGUUUGUUUCGAUUUAAAAUAGAAGCAAAUAAUGUGUCAGAGAAUUCAUUAGCAUAUCUCGAUUUUGGAUUUAAUCUUUUUUAUUCCUGGAUUGGACCUCUGCUUACUUACAAGAAACUAAUUCACCUCGAUCUUUCAAACAAUUUUUGUUCCAACGUGUCAAAGGAUUUUUUUAAGAGUUCCCCGAAUUUAAAAUCGUUACUUAUACAUAAUAAUUUACUGGGAUUUGUUCUCAUCGAUGACAUGCAUGGUGAAAUUCUGCAGCAUAUUCCUAAGCUGGCAGUAUUGAAUUUAGCAGACAAUCGAAUACCGUAUUUACCAUACAACUUUUUCAAAUUUCAAACAAUGCUCACGGAAAUCAACAUUGGUGGUAAUUUACUGGAGGAUUUGAGUUUUCAAAUAAGUCAUAUGCAAAAUCUUUCGCAUUUAGAUCUCUCAAAGAAUAGAUUUUCAAGUCUAAAUUCGAGGGCACGUGGUCAACUUGAAACGAUUAUAAAGUCAAAUCCAAACUUGACAGUGGAUUUGAGUGAUAAUCCUUUGAUAUGUUCGUGUGAUACCAUACAAUUUGUCAAAUGGAUGUCACAAACAAAAAUAAAAUUUACAAAGUUACAAAGUAACAAAUGCAAAUUGUACAACGGCAACAAGGAAUUAUUGAAAGAACCAAAAAGGGUAUAUGAAAUUCUAGAAAAGAAGUGUUCCUCUUACACAGACUUAAUUGUUGUAUUGUCAAUCUUCGUUAUAUUUUUUGUGUUGAUCUUGCUAUGCGGUUUAGUCUAUAGACACAGGUGGACACUACGAUUCAUGUAUUAUAUGACAAAGAAUAAAUAUCAAAGUUCCUCACGAAAAAAGUGCGAUGACGAGGAGUACGAAUACGAUGCUUUUAUCUCAUAUGAAGAGGAAGAUGCAGUUUUUGUACAUAAUCAUCUUCUUUUAAAUUUAGAAGAAGAUGCAAAAUUGAAAUUGUGUAUCCACAAGAGAGACUUUCAACCAGGUAAGGAUAUUGCCGCAAACAUUACUUCUGGAAUUCACAAUAGUCGAAAUGUGGUUGCAGUAUUAUCUCAGACCUAUCUUGAUUCAUACUGGUGUAUGUUUGAAUAUAAUAUGGCACGAAUGGAGAGCAUAUAUUCAAGAGAUUGCGAAAAUAUGUUUAUCCUUGUUUCUCUUGUUGACUUGUCAGCAAUUAAUUUACCUUUAUGUGUUAUUGAAAAAGUACAUAAGCAGUCGUACAUUGAGUAUCCUAAUGAUCCAUUGGGUAACACUUUAUUCUGGGAUAAUUUAAAGGAAGUGCUGAAAUGACAACAUAAGUCAAUGUUUGUUUUUGCUUUUACCAAAACCAAUUUAGUUAUAGUCCGUUUUUGUUAUAUAACUAUCCAUCCUAAUACUAUUAUAAUAUAUAAUACUAUACAUUUAUUUCCCGUGCCGGAGGGAGAUAUGAAGAUUUGUUCACCCAAGAAUAUUCAUAUUUCACGAGGGCUCUGCCCGAGUGAAAUAUGAUUUUUCGAGGGUGAGCAAAUCUUCAUAUCUCCCGAGGCAAAGGAAAAUGAAUGUUUUAUUCCACUGCCUGUGCUUUGCUUACUAUCAAUACAUUAAAUAUUAUUUCGCAUACAUUUUUUUCUUAUCCGCUUGUUUUUGUAAGUCAAACUAAACACGACAUACUCAUUGAUAAACACUAAGGAUCAAAAUUUAAUUAUAAGUCUGUUUGUUUUAUCGUCAUAAAUUUGAACAUGAUAAUGAUUUUUGCUAUCGCUAUUUUAAGAAAAAAUAAGAAGUUCAAAACGUUAUGUACAUAAACCGCGCGUAACUUCGCACGAAGUAAUCCCGACAUUUCAGAGGGGAAUAUGAUCCUCAGAAUGGAAUAUGAAGAUUUGUUCAAUGACACGUGGGAUAGUCUCAACCAAUCAAAUAUUGAUUUUACUAUCAAUAUGUUUAAACAGUGGAAUAAUAUAUAUUAUACUAUUACACGAGAAAAGAUGAAAGUAUCUAAAAAAUGUGCGCCACUGUCACAGUUGUUCUAUAAAUAUAUGUCAAUCACUCAAUUGUCGAGUGUUUGAGCUUUUGAUUUUGCCAUUUGACAAAGAACUUUCCGUUUUCAAUUUU